AUGACAUAUUUCAGUUCGAAGGCAUGCAGAAAAGCAAUAAAACAUCAAAAUAUUGAUAGAACUCAUAAGAGCACUUAUUCAAAAAUGACAAGAUUAAUUUACGCAAUAAAGUUAUGGUUGAAUGAUCAUAUACAAAAUGGUGAAGCGAUCAUUUGGAAAGAUGAUAGAGUGUAUAAGCUAUUGGAAAAAAUUUGCGAGACACGGGAAUCUAACAAAAAUAAUAAAAAUCAAGAGCAAGAAUUACAACGAGGUGAUCAAAUUGAAAGCACUAUUGAAACUAAUAGUGUGAUCGAUAAAAGCGAAGAGCAAGACCUCACAGAUAAUUUCAGUGAUUCAACUAUGGAUGGAGAUUAUUAUACCUGUCUCUUAUACACAUCUAGAUAUGUGUAUAAGAGACAGGACUUAUACAGGAAAAUUAAAGAACAAUUGCCUCUUUUUCACCUUCCAUUAAAGAUCUUGAGUGAUAGAAUCUAUGAAGCAGAAAAAGAAGCAAGAGAAGUUUAUGAAACGACUACUGCUGAAAACGAAGAUAUGAAUUAUCAUCAAAUUUGUCAAAUAAUCAAACAAAUUCAAGAGUAUCGAGAUGAAGUGUGUGGUUUAUUUGAGGAAUUCGAAAAAAAGAUCAACGAAAUGAGAUCAUUAUAAUUAAAUGAAUUCUUUUUGAUAAAAAAAUUUUUUUUUUUUUU